AUGGCCACAAGUGGUGAAGGAAAAGAAUUUGAAUAUCGCAUUUUACGAUUGACUGAUAUUGCUAACGAGCCACUGAAACUUCUAGCACCCAUCCAUGGGUAUGAAAAUAUGCCACUGGUUUCUCUAGAAGAAGCUGUUGCGCCGCUCAUCUCUCUUGUACCAGAUAUCCAAAACUAUGCUUCUUUAGCCAAACAGAGAUGUAGCGAACCGGCUGAUGGUUUAACACAAGAUGAAUCAGCUGCUAUCAUGCUUUAUUCAAUGGGAUGGGAACCACUCGAUCAAUGUCUAUAUGUCGCCUUGAAUGCAGCUCUACGCUCACCAGAUAGACAACAUCUCAAGCCAUGGUUUCUCUUUCUCAAACUCUUUCUAACUGCAUUCGUUCGCCUUCCGCCCAAUCCACAUCAUAUCGUUUAUCGAGGGGUCAAAUUGGAUUUGCACCGACACUAUAAUAAAGGACAAAAAGUGGUAUGGUGGGGCUUCUCAUCAUGUACUACCUCAAUCAAGUUUUUAGAAGCCGAACAGAUUUUUGGCAAAACGGGUUCAAGAACAAUAUUCUGCAUCGAAUGUAAUUCAGGAAAAGAUAUUCGAGCACAUUCUUAUUAUUCAACAGAAGAUGAAAUACUUCUUCUGCCUGCAACUCAAUUCGAAGUUGUCGCUUGUUUUGAUCAUGCUUUGGAGCUUCAUAUAAUUCAUCUCAAAGAAACACGGCCACCAUUUUCACUUUUAAAACCAAUUCCUUCUGCCAUUUCACAGAAAGAAGCAGCUGUUUGUAAGCAAUCAAUCAAUGAAAUAUGUACGCAUUUUAAAUUAUUCUACUAG